GAAAGCUAAUCGAGAGCAGAGUGAAGCAGCAUUUCGAUGGAGUAUGGCGCUCUCCAGAGGUUUGAGAUGCUGUCAAAGGGUUUUUUCAUGGAUACCCGUGCUUAUUAUUGCCUCCGUGGUGCUGUGGUCGUAUUAUGCUUACGUAUUUCAACUAUGUCUAUUCACCCUGUCGAACUCACUGGAAAAGGUAGCCUAUUUGCUGGUAUUCCAUGUCUGCUUUGGGAUGUUUUCCUGGACUUACUGGAAGUCCAUCUUUACCCCUGCUGCAUCCCCAUGCAAGAAGUUUCAACUGUCUUACUCAGACAAGCAACGGUACGAGAUGGAAGAAAGGCCGGAUGUACAGAAAGAAAUCCUGGUUGAGAUUGCCAAAAAGCUGCCCAUCUACACUCGAGCUCAGUCUGGAGCGAUCAGGUUCUGCGACCGCUGCCAGGUGCUGAAGCCUGACCGCUGUCACCACUGCUCCGUUUGUGAAAUGUGUGUUUUGAAAAUGGACCACCACUGCCCUUGGGUGAACAACUGUGUUGGCUUUUCCAACUACAAGUUUUUCCUGCUUUUCCUCUCUUAUUCAAUGCUGUACUGCGUCUACAUCGCAGCCACAGUCUGUCAGUAUUUCGUCAAAUUCUGGGUGGGGGACUUGCCAAACGGGCCGGCAAAGUUCCACGUCCUUUUUCUCAUGUUUGUGGCGCUCAUGUUUUUUGUCAGUCUCUUGUUUCUCUUUAGUUAUCAUUGUUGGUUGGUGGCAAAAAAUAGAUCCACUUUAGAGGCCUUUUCAGCUCCGGUCUUUGUCAAUGGGCCGGACAGACACGGUUUCAAUGUUGGCGUACGCAAAAAUCUGCAGCAAGUUUUUGGAAAAGACAGAAGACUGUGGUUCAUCCCUGUUUUUACAAGUCAAGGGAACGGACAUUACUUUCCUUUAAAGAAUCGAAGUGAGUGUCAGAACCCCUUACUGGCAAACAAGGAGAUGUGGGAGGAGUCAGAUGAUGCUUCAGAGGAAGGAAACUGGGUUGAGGAUCAAGACCCUUCUGUCACCAUAGAGAUAGAGGACUAGACAAUGGACACUGGUGCAGAGGUUGAAGAGGAGGAGAAGGGGGAACGUGCGCUCUUAAUGUGGAUGUUCGCCAACUACUCUGACAUGGACCAAACUGCAUUUGGAUGUUAUUUUCAUCCUUUAAAGAGAACGUGUAGAAGCAGGUGUACAUCCAGGUGCAUCGUGUUGCCGCACAACAAUUAACAGCAAUUCCGUGUGAUUAUUUGAACGGGUGGCUUUUGAAAAAUCCAGUGUAUUGUUUGCACCCUCUACUUUUACCUCAUGCUCACUUUUGCUUCUGGAGGCAACUUCAUUGACUGGAAGUUCUUUAUUUAUUUCCUCUCACCUAACCAGAUUUAACCUGCGCCUUACACGUACUGUUUUUGUCUCGUCUUGUCAUUUUUCAAAUGAAUGUAUCCAGCAGUCUGCUUUUCAUUACAAUGUGGCGUACAUUUUAGGCAAAAAUUUCCAUCGGAUAGUUUUUUUAUUAAUUACCCUGUGUGUUUGGUGAAGUUGACAAAGAAAGGUGAGAAUUUUCUCUCAAAAUGUAAGAACUCUUUUUGUAAGAAUAAUAAUGUGUAUUCUGUUACACACUAUGUUUUUGCCUGAGCUCAAUUAGUUACCAAGUGCUGACUACAAACCCACAUUCCAAAAGCAUGCAUUUAGGGUUCUCGCAUGAAUGUGAAUGGUUGGUCAGCUAUGCAGCAAGCGCAACUUUGAAUAGACCUAUUCUCGGCCGAGUGCCCGGGCUUUUCCGCUUCAGCCGUGCUCUUCAGGCAGGUGUGUUUGAGAAGUGACUGAAGUAGGGAACAAUUAGCUUUAAGCUGCACCCAUGUAAAAAGAACAGUACAACUAAAAGCCCUAAUAUGAGGCAAUUAGACAUUCCAUUCCCAUUGUAUAUGAGGCAAUUAGACAUUCCAUUCCCAGUGUAACACUAAAGGGACAAUUCUUUGACCCCAUCAGACAGCAGCAGGUCUAGCAAAAAAAAACAA